GUGUCCAUGCACGGCCCUCGUGGGAUCCGUUAUUUAAAUGGGACACAGCUGACAGUCCCGUUACAAUCCAGAGAGAUACGCAAAUAAAAGUGCAACGAGCUGACGCGCUCCAAAGGUGAAAGCUGCCGGUAACUCUGUUACUGUCACAAUGGAGUUGGCGCGCAACGCCACCGGGCCGGACGUGCUCUCGUCGCAGCAGACCACCGGAGUCUCCUCGCCCGGGGGAAGCGUCGGUAACGCGUAUUUGUACAUCGUCAUCGUGGUGUCCUUCUACGGAGUUUUCCUCAUCGGUAUCAUGCUUGUUUACAUGCGCACCGAGCGGCGCGAGAAGAAGCGCUCAAACGCGUUCACGCGUCUGCUGCACGAGGAGGAGCAGCGCGAGUGGGGCGCGGGGCAAAAGAAGCACAGUUUCAGCCUCCCCGCGUUGCGCUCCACGCCGGUGCCGUUCAUGUUGUGCGCCGGCCGGCACACUGGCUGCUUGCUCGAGCGCGGGAGGGUUUUCGCGCCUCUCGCGUGCGCGCUGUGCUCCGUGGAGCAAAGCAGCGUGAGUUCUCUCAGCUCCACCGCAGACGUGCGCUUCGCCAUCGAGGAGGAGUCGGACAUCGGCGGUCCCGGUGAAGGACCCGAGGGCUCGCUGAAGACAGGCUCUAUCUUGGACCACAACAGCGACGGAUCGUCAGGGGAAAACCUCAAAGAAAUGUCCUGAGGUUUCGUCACCGCGCCAAAACUUUACCUUGGUAACCAUAGUUCCCGCCAAAUACAAUACCGUGACAAUUACUUAUUAGCUACAGGAAUAUAGGAAAGGUUCCUGUCAGUAGGCUAUUUGAAGGAGAUGCCUUAUUAAUUUAAUGUAGUUUACAGUUAUUUUAAAAUAUAGUUACAUUUUUUUUUUUUUUUUUUUAAGGGACUGUGCCAAUAAUUACCAUGGUAAUCAUAUAUAGUUACCACUGAAAUACUGGUUGCCAGUGGCGUAGCUAGAGGGUGGCCAGGGGUGGCUGUGGCCACCAUGGAACGAAGCCUGGCCACCCCACUCGCAAUUGCCGUUUUGGUCAUUUUUUGUCUUGGGCACAAUUUCAUUUUUUAGAGGUGGAACCGUCUCUGUACAACCGCAACUCACAGGAGACUUAACAUGUGAGCACACCAAAGUUGCCGCACCUCUCCGUCCCGGGUGUCACUGUAUCCACUCCCCUCCUUUUUUUUGUAUCGACGUGCCUCUGCUUUCUACACCAACAACCACCAUCCCCACUGGCCCCUGCCCGGCCACCCCUGUGGAAAAACUCCUGGCUCUGCCCCUGCCUGUUACUACAAGUAUUCUUACCAUAAAACUAUAUGGUAACUCAGACACAACUGUGAUUAAAAAGAAAUUACCAAAAAGUUCUGAAAGUAUUGUACACUGUUUGAAGCAGUUUCCAUAUUAAUUUACUGCGAUAAUACAGUAGUAUCGUAGGCUAUUUUAGCGAGAAUUUACCAUGUUAAUGUAACGCGGCCCUCGACUCCGAGGCAAAUAACGAACUCUUAAACACGAUGCGACCGUUACAAACAUCGUGAUAAACCUGGAAACUACUUGAAAAAAAAAAACCUUUUAUAUAUUUAUAUGUUGUCAUGUAGACCUGCGCGUAAAAGAUUUAAAAUGUUAACAUUUUUACAUAACGAUCUGUAUAUAUUGUCCUACAUGUCUGUUUAGUUGUAUCUUAUUUCACUGUCACUUUGCAAAAAUUAAAUUUUUCUUUAAAAAGUAUUGGUUUCUUUUAAUAUUUGCAUUUGCCUACUAUUAUCACACGAGGGAGUCAGAGACCACAGGGGCCCCUUAAGGGAAUCUUAGGAUAUGUGCUGAACCCCCUCGUUUAUGUGAAAAGAGUGUGUUAAGCCUCUUGGCGUCAUUGACAUUUAUAAAGUCUCUAGUCAUCAAAUGGGAAGGAGCUAGGUUUUUGCUUGGAACAGUGAGAGGGGGUUUUAUCAGCUACAUGCUCUGAUUUUCUGCUUAUAUAUAAAUGUACACUUGGCCAUAACCAACCAACAACAUCAUUAUCAUCAUACUGUCUUUGUUAUCCCAAUGAAAAUACAUCUCGUGCAAAAGUGUCACUGAUCUGUCUUCCGCCCGAGGGAAUACGGUGGAAAGUUCUCACAUGUUCAGUCAGAAUGGAAUGCUUCCAAUAAAAACUCACAGUUCAUCCGACAUGAGUUAAACACAGUAUUUGGAAAGUUCUGAAGUAAAAUAUUACGAUUUUGGGAGUCAAGCCUCACGGAUGUAACCAAGUUAAAACAAGUACACAAUUUGCCUUCCUGCU